CCGCGUUCGCGUUUGUGAGGGAGUAAACCGUGCCUCUCGCUUAAAGGAAGCAUCUGGUCUGUCCACCCGUGGGUGUAUUUGGAUUGCACGGCGGCAGACGGCACACCAAGCGUAACUCACCACCCUCCAUUGGCUUGGAGCGCCUUGUCAUGUGUUUCUCUAGCUUCUUCCUGCAUCAACGAUCACGUGUGACGUACCGGUUCUAGUGUGUGUGUUUGUUCGUGUGUAUGCACAUUGUGCGUGUGGAGAUGUUUGCUAUCGUCUGUUUUUGUAGUGGUCCUUGUUGAUAGCGUUCCCACAGCAUCCACGGUGGGUGUGCAGGCAGAAGUAUAAAUAAAAAGAAAAUGUUGCAAUAAAAUGUGACAGCUCUCACUUUCGCUGAUGCCAUCAAAAAAAGCGUACACCAAUGUCAACAGUCAGCGGCAAUGUACCGUGUCACCGGUCGCAGAGGCCAGACAAAUCGACGACUCGCCGCGUUCGGUGUGGCCAUGCCUAUCGCGCAGCCAACCGUUGUCCCCGCCUCGUCCUGUUUCGCCGCGUGAGGGGUUUCGGGUGGAAAAACAAGUGUCAAGAUCCGUUGUGUAAACAAAGGCAUUCGCACGGUGAAGCGUUGUUUUGAGUGGUGUCAGUUAAAUAGAGUGUUCCGUAAGUGACGGAAAUUAGCACGCCACCCAUGAGCAUUACGCAGAAAAAGCAGUUUAUCUUGCCUGUGUACCGAUAAAACGGUGGUGAAAAUAAAAGAAGAAAAAAAAGGAAUAAACUUACUAUAAUCGGUACACUAAAGUACGCCGUGAAGGCUAUAUUGUGUGAUAGUUUCCAACCGAAAUGAGCUUAUAUGGUGCAAUAAAUAAAAGAAAAGUAAUUAAAAAGUGUUCCGCGGAGAAGUGCACUUUAGUGAAAUAAUUCCAAUAACCAUCCUAUUAUGGUAGUGCAAUUGUUACCAGUGGCAAAGUGUUACCAACCAUCGUAUGUGCUCGGCCCAGUGCGGGUACGUUCCUGGGCAAACGUAGCGAUUCACUGGUGCGGAGAGCAUUUUGAAGCUGUAUUUUCAUACCACCUUGGCCUGCGCUGCCAGUACUGCGCUUCAUACGUUUCACCCAUAAAGGCGUAUUACCCUGGUCGGGCCAAUAGCGGAUCAGAACGAGGUUCGAAUUAGCAUAAUAAUUCAACUUCAACCAGUGCCGCAGCGGUGCGGAGUGGGAACGGAACGGAGGAAAUAUUCAUCCGAAAAAGAGGUUUUAGUGGCGGUGUAUGAAAUAUCGGUCACAUUACCGCUAAUGUUGCUGCCUGAUCCUUGGGACCGCACCGAACCGCACCGAAGUGUCGCACGGGCUGGUCAGGGUUCGCCUAGGAGGCGUUGGUGCACGAGUUCGUCGGUGCGAUAGUGUGCAAAGAAACGGGCUUUCUUUUAUUUGGAUGCCAACAGACAGCAGCAGGCAGCAGCAGCAGUACUGUACCGGUUCAACAGCACGGUCAUCGGUUCCGUAACCAUGAGGUAUUCCAUCGCGGCGAAGUGGAAAUUUAUCGUCUGUGGAUUAAUUUUGGCAGCAUCCUUCAUUACCGGUUCCGGUACGAGCAGAAUUUUCGAUAUUGAAAACAUUCCCGUGAUCAAGUACGUAGCGGUUGCCGGGAAAAACAUUACCCUCGACUGUCCGGGCGUUAACGAGCGUUCGCUGGUAGAGACGCUAGUUUGGCGCACAUCCCACACCAUCGCCGAGUACGUCAACGGUUUACCGUUGGUCAGCAAUCAGCGGCUCACACUAGUGGCUGAUAAUUUCAGCUUGCUGCUCAGCCCUGCCACCGCGUCCGAUACGGCCGAAUACAGCUGCCUGCUGAACGACCGGCAUAACCCGGAAGCCAUCGUUGACUUGCUGGUACAAGAUGUACCUGACCCGCCCGGACGUCCGCUGGUCGUAAGCUUCACGUCACGUUCGGUCGAUUUAUCCUGGGCCCACUCGCAGGACCCCCGAAAUGCACCGGUUACAAAUUUCAUCAUCGAAACACGAAUUGGCGAAAAUGGCGACUGGGAGCAGGAACCACCGAUACACACCAAAAGCAGCCAGGCCGCUCACCAGGUGACAGGACUGCAACCAUUCACCGUGUAUAGCUUCCGGGUGAUCGCCGUCAACAAGCUUGGCCACAGUCAACCGUCAAAGGAAUCGUACUACUUCGUAACAUUGCGUGAAGCCCCGACGGGAAAACCGGUAACAACAAUCGCGCACAACACGUCCGCCACCUCUGUAUAUAUCUCCUGGAAGGCACCACCGCCAGAAUCGAUACUCGGCGAGUUUCUCGGCUACCGGAUAACGUACCGGCCCCGGGACUACCACACGGACGACGUCAAAGAGAUCUACAUUCGCGAUAGUGCCGUCGAGAACCACGAAAUUCAUAACCUCGAAACGUACACGCAGUAUCUGGUCUCAAUACAAGUGUUCAACCCGGAAGGAUUAGGACCGCCGACGACCGUUCUGGUUAUGACAGAUGAAGGAGAACCAAGCCCACCUCAGAACCUGACCGUGCUCGAGGUAACAUCCACCACCAUCAAAUUAACCUGGCGCGAACCGGAAAAAGCGAACGGAGCCAUCCAUGGAUACCGGGUGUACUACAUCCAUCAAAACCAAACUGACCUGCACAUGCCCAUCCUGAAGCUGAACGAAAUGCAGAACUCAGUCUAUCACUACACACUUUCGAACUUAAAACCCUUUUCCGAGUAUCGAAUCCUGGUGACGGCAUUUACGAAAAAGCACGACGGCAAACCGUCCGAGGUGACGCAGCGUACCGAUGUCAGUGGUCCAAGCGCACCGAAAGUGGUCAACCUGACGUGUCACUCGCACAACGCACUGUACUACGGUUGGCGCAUUCCGCAGACAUUCUACAACACCAUCGAUCUGUACAUCAUCAGCUAUCGAAACAUUGCGUACCACGAGUUUCGCGAGAUUCGUAUCACGGUCAAUGCUUCCAUCAUGGAAACAUCGCUAAUCAUUCCGAAUCUUACGAGCAAUGCGGUAUACGAGGUGAAAGUGCGUGCUGCAUCGGCAAGUGUGAUCAAUCCCAAGCAAAUCAUUCUCGGAUCGUAUUCGGAGCCCCGCAAGAUUUCUCUUCAACCGAACUGUGAAAAGGCUCCGUUGAAAUCUCAGCGCCAGGCGUAUGAUGAUUACAACUUGGCCGUACUGGCCGGCAUUGUGUUUAGUUUCACCGUGCUGCUGCUCAUCGUGCUGGCGCUCAUACUGUGGAAGAAGUGCUUCCAUGCUGCAUACUACUAUCUGGACGAUCCACAGCCCUGUCAGGGUGCGCAGGCCGGUCUCAUCGACUGGGAAGGACCGAGCGAGGUGGGCGGCGAAGUACGGUGCCCCGUGCCGGUGUCCGACUUUGCUAAACAUGUAGCGCAACUGCAUGCCGACGGUGACAUCGGUUUCAGCAAGGAGUACGAAGCGAUUCAAGGCGAAGCGCUGAACGAUGAGUACCCGUCGGAGAAUUCGCAGCAUCCGGAGAACAAGGGCAAGAACCGAUAUUUGAAUGUGAUUGCUUACGACCACAGCCGGGUGCAUCUACGGCAGGUGCCGGGACAGAAGAAGCAUCUUGACUACAUCAACGCAAACUUCAUCGAUGGUUACCAGAAACCGCGCGCAUUCAUCGGUACGCAGGGACCGCUGCCGGGCACGUUCGAUUGCUUCUGGCGCAUGGUGUGGGAGCAGCGCGUUGCGGUGAUCGUCAUGAUAACGAACCUCGUCGAGCGAGGCCGCCGGAAAUGUGAUAUGUACUGGCCAAAGGAUGGUACCGAAACGUACGGCAUCAUACAGGUACGGUUGGUGAAGGAGGACGUGAUGGCUACGUACACCGUGCGAACGCUCCACAUCAAGCAUCUGAAGAUGAAGAAGAAAAAACAAUCGCAAAUGGAGAAAACGGUGUAUCAGUACCAUUACACGAACUGGCCCGAUCACGGCACGCCGGACCAUCCGUUGCCGGUGAUAAAUUUCGUAAAAAAGUCCACCACCGCUAACCCACCCGACGGUGGCCCGAUUGUGGUGCACUGUUCGGCCGGUGUUGGCCGUACCGGAACGUUCAUCGUGCUCGACGCAAUGUUGAAACAGAUCGAAGCGAAGGGUUCGCUGAACGUGUUUGGCUUUUUGCGAUACAUUCGGGCGCAGCGGAAUUAUCUAGUGCAGACGGAGGAGCAGUACAUCUUCAUACACGACGCACUGGCGGAGGCGAUCGCUAGCGGCGAGACGAACAUAAGGAUGGAAGCGAUCGGUGGGUUGGUAAACCAUUUGGAUUACAUCGAUGCACAAUACAAGCUUAUCGUGAGUUAUCAGCCGAAGGAAAUCAAUUUGACCUCCUCGUUGAAACCGGUAAAUGCAAUCAAGAAUCGCAGCUCGUUGGUGCCGCUCGAAGGUAGCCGAGUUCAUCUCACACCGAAACCGGGCGUCGAAGGAAGCGACUACAUAAACGCCACCUGGCUGCACGGAUUCCGCCGACUGCGUGAUUUUAUCGUCACGCAGCAUCCAUUAAUCGAAACGUUUAAAGACUUUUGGCAGAUGGUUUGGGAUCAUAACGCGCAAACGGUGGUGCUACUGUCUUCAGUGGAUAAUAUGUCUUUCCUGCAAUUUUGGCCUAACGAAUCGGAACCGAUAGAAAGUGACUACUAUCGCAUUCGGAUGGUGUCGGAAACGUCGGAAGAUAACUACAUCGUGCGGAACUUUGUCAUCCAGUCGAUACAGGACGAUUACGAGUUGAGUGUGAAGAUGCUGGAAAAUCCGGCCUGGCCCGACAUGAACAAUACUCGCUCGAUAUUCGAUUUCGCCGUGCGCGUUCAUGAACGCUGCAGCGAGUACAGGAACGGUCCGAUCGUAGUUGUGGACAGGUACGGUGGGUUCCAGGCAUGUCAGUUUUGCGCCAUAAGCUCGUUAGCAAUGCAGCUCGAGUACGAUCACACGGCAAACAUUUACACCUACGCCAAACUGUACCACAACAAGCGACCCGGCAUCUGGACCUCGUACGACGACAUCCGGCAAAUUUAUCGGAUACUUUCCUACAUGCCCAAAGAGCUCGGGCUACUGAAAUGCACCGAGCUGCGUACCGAGUUCGACGAUGCCGCGAUGAUGACGGCGACGCCGGACCUGUACAGCAAGAUCUGUAGCAACGGUAGCAUUAACAAUCAGCUUGCGGGCGGUACGCCGGACGGUGGUGUGGGCAAUGGUACCGCGACGACCACCACAACGACUACAUCCAUAAACCCACCACCGGGUAUGACGAUUCCGGGCGUGGUUGCCGGCACACCCAACUCCGGCUGUCCGCCGAUGGUAACGCUAGGUACGGGCGGAACGACACCACCACCGCAAACCCUCCUACAGAACGGUGGUACGGUGAUCGUGAAGAUGAACGGGGACGACAAUGACGAGCUGUCGGUUGUGGUAGCGACCGGCAACCAUCAUCUUAACCUGGACCACAAUCAGGCGUAAACCGCAACAUAACCUUACCUUACUGUACGUGUGUGUGUGCGUGUGCGUGUCUAGGGGAAAAAGAAAGUAUUUAUUUGCAUUUACACACAUUUCCAUUUAUCCGUUUUUCGGGCAUGGGUUUAUAAAUAGGAGGGGGUUGGGUUGGGCAACAUGAUGGAUCGGUGUUGCCCGCAAACUCCGUUGCCACACCUUGACCACUACUACUAGACCGGCUGCAGGCUUUUGUACCGUUUAUAAAUACGACCAAUUUAUCGCUAAGUUAAGGAGCAGUAUUUCGUAUACCGUGUAUCUGUAGCGCAUACACAGGCGCGCCUUUAUAUUAAGUUUUGUACGACAGUGCGCGAACUGUUUGUGAGAUAUUACCAUUUUAGUACUCGUUCAUCCUUAAAGGACCCGCAUCGCGAACAUUAUAUUCCUGAUAACAGCUGCGUAACACUAAAUCUAGUCGUCGAAAGUUCGAUAAGAAAGCAAACGAAACAACGCGCCAUAAUUGCUGACCGCGAGAAGCGUUUCUGAUGGGUGGUUGCUUAAUGUUUCUUCCCUAGCACCGCGUACCUACACUCCAAACUAUUAGAGGAACCAAGAGCAAACACAGUUAUUGUUCCAUCCCAGCCGGCUCCUCAUCGAUUGUAGUGCAUUAUCUUCCGCUUCCCAUGUUGCUUUCGUUGAGGAAAAAUUUUCUAACGAUAAAUAAUCAUAUUGAUUAUAAGAUGGUACAGUGUUUUUUUCUGUUCCAUAUUUCCACUAUUCCGUAAGACGCGCGUGAAGCGUCGGAUUCAGUGUUUCGGGUGUAGCGUCGGAUUCAUUCUGUUGCUCGUGCAACAGAACUGUGCAUUUCUGUACGCGCCAUUAGAUUACGAACGAUAUAUAACUUUUUUUCUUUUUGCUGCUCCAACCGAUCACUUUUUUCCCGAGAGCGUUUAGUUAGAGUUGUAAAGAAAAACUGAUCAAUGAAAUGAGUGCUCGCUAGCUCUGGCUCUGGUGCGUUUUAUGAUAUGUUUUCACGGUGUAAAUAGCAAUUAGUAGUUUUAGUCCGACAGCUAAUAUGAGCAUUAUAAGCCCGCCAAACAAAAAAAUCUGCUGCGAAACAGGGAUUCAGUUAAUGUUCGGUAACGAAGUAGAACACUGGCAAGAUUAAACAAUCCAGGACUGGUUGUGCGCUAUACGUAACCGUUACUCCGAUGUUCCGAAACUCUUUACCCCUCACAUCCCUUUAUGAACAAUAGAGUUCCACCGUUAACCGACCGACCGUAAGCCAUAACUCAUUUACCAUUGAAAUCAGACACACACUGAUGCGACGACAAAACCCUAAUGGUAAAGCAAACGAAUCAUGCCGAACGUGGGAAAACGAUGAGAUAUAAAGACUGGUUUUCUAAGCUACUUGCUGUUGACAUCACACCAAGCAACUCUGGGCAAACGGACGAAGGACACACACAGAAGACACAGAGCACAUACACACAGCAUCGUACCGCCACCUUACACAUCUAACGAUAAAACAAAUUAAGAAAAAGAAGAAGGACAGAAGUACAUUAUAAUAUUUUAGCGAAAAUUACUGAACGACAAGCAACAAAACGAACAAAACAAAGUCAUUAGCAGAGCAAGCACAGUGCGUGAGCAUUUGCCAUUAGCAAACUGUAGGGAGGAAAGGAUUUGAAUUGAGAUUCCUAAUAUAAGCAAAACAUAAUAACAUUCAAAAGUCGAGUGAAAUGUGCCGUGUGCCAAACGAAACAAACCCAGAACCCCGGGAGAUAACCAAUUUGUUAGGGGAAAAAAACUCAUGACGAUCAGCCGUUUCGUCGAGGAGAAUAACAAAUUCUUAAGUUACACUUUUUUGCAUCGAUAUGGCCUCUUCCACAUGUAUGAGCAAACACACAGAGCAGAAAGCAGGAUCUUCUUAGGCAAAGAGAAAGCGCGCACGUGAAUUGUACGGUUAUUAAACAAUGUGAUGUGAACUUAGUUUUUAAUAGGAAGAAAACGAGAGACCGUCAACAAUAUUAGACUCGCUUUUCGUAUUGUUUCAAACCUCAAACCUCGUCCUGAUAGCUUCACAACACUCUUUCCCUGUGCCACCGCGUACGGUUAAUUCCCCUUCGUCUAGAGUACGAUGGAUUUAGCAAUAGUUUAGAGAAAACAGACGAAAGCUAACAUUAGUUUACCACGAGUACCACGACCGGUAUCCUGUAAUGUAGAAACAAGCUGAUACAACCCAUCCGGAAGUAAACCGGCGGACCUUUUCAAACGAUAAAGCCUAGCUAUUGAUAACAGUCGGAUGAUCAGAUUUUUUGUUCAAUCAAAUAUUGCAAUCAGCAGUUCUAGUUCCUUGUCCGUACCAGAAAAAAAAAAUCCAAUCAAUGAAUUAAAAAAACGAAUCGUAAGGCCAGUUUCGUGUAGAUCUCGUGUGCCCAAGCAACUGCAUUCCGCACGAUCCGUGGCUACACCAUUCCAUAACGCGCGCCGAACACAGUAUUAGGAACGGAAGCCCCUUUACUCCUGUAGCCAGUCAGUAUUCCGUAAAUACAGUACCAAGCGCACGUUUGUUCGUUUGGGAUAAAACAAGAACAUUCUUUAGAGAAGGAAAAGUGCGAAAGUAAAAAAAACUUCACCAGCGCAAACACGUAGUAUAAUAACUUCUUCGAAAGUAUCGUAGCUAAAGAAAAAUACGGCAUUCGGAAUUUAGGAAAAUUUUGCAGAAAAUUGCACCGACAACAGGCGCCGCACGUCCGGACGCAAUCUUCCGUAGUUGAUGCGUCGUAAAGCAUAUAAACGGGAGGAAGAAUGUAAAGUAAAUUUAAAAAUGUCUCAUAAAUAAUAAUAAAAAACAAACGAGGGCACUCUGGAAGGAUGAGAAGUUGCUGAUGAAACAAAACAAGAACAAAACCAAAUUUAAAUUAGGCUUGAAAUAAAUUAAACGGAAACUACUUCCCUGCUGAAACAAAAGCGCUGAAAUGAUCGGUGAAAAGGGAGUGACUUGAAUGUAGAAAGAUGCAUCGAUAUAUGGUAUAAGGAAGCUACACGAUUAGGAAGGACAUUAGUGGGUAGAAUGGGACUGAACGUUACAAUGCUCCGAAGUAACGACAGGACAAAUGGACCGGGAAAACGAUAACGUUUUGUUUUUUGUAACAACCGCUCAAGGAAAGUAUGCAUUUACGGAUAACGAGACAUGAAACGAACAAAUCAGUUGAUCAUCGAGAACCAGAGCUACCGUAGACGGGAAGCGAGUGGAGGACAGGGGAUGGAAGUAAUAGGAAGUUAUUCGACUAGAAUAGAAUUAAGAUGGACUUGUGGCUGAUAUGCCAUACCUGAAAGCACAAACAAAAAAACGGAAACCAGGCCAAAUGCCCGGUUUGCCGACGAACGCACGCGCAAUAAUCCUUGCCGAGAGUGCACCGAGGAGCAGGAGCGUGCCAGACCGAAAUGACUGGAAGAAUCCCCGGGCUUGGAGGAAAGGAGUUUCUUCCCUUUUGGUGGUGCAGUUAGAAAUCGAAAUAAAUACAUGUAAAAUUUUAUGUGGAAAAUUAAAACACAAACUGAUAAUACAAAAACCGUACCCAA